AUGUUUUCAAAAUCGCAAGGACCGUACAUGCCGCACAGAGGCAAAGUCCAUGCUAUCUAAACUUCAAAACAAAGCAGACGGAGCAUCUGGAAUAGACGGCCCGUCUCCAGCACCGUGCGAACGGGAAACAACUGUGCAUUCAAAUGUCCCAAUGACAAUAGACACACCGCGUCACGGACAGGAGUUCCAGUACGACUUCUUCGUGUCACACAGCAGUAAAGACGCCGGCUGGGUGAACUAUGCACUUCUUCCUGCGCUGGAGGGGGACAUGCGAUUCAAAGGUUGUGUAGCUGAUCGAGACUUCAUACCAGGGAAAAGCGUGUUCGACAACAUUAUUGACAGCAUCGAGAACAGCUACAAGACCCUGUUGAUCCUAACACCAGACUUCGUGACCAGUGAGUGGUGUAAGUACGAGACAGAACAGGCCCUGAUGGAGAGUCUGAAGGGCAAGACUGGGCGGGUCAUUCCCAUCAUGCUCAAGGAGUGUAGCGUGCCGUCUUCUGUGCGCACCAUCACGUACCUGGAUGUGUCACGUGAUGCAAUCGGCUCUUACGAUUGGUUGAAAUUGAAGAAAGCUUUGGAGCAGACUCCUUCAACGGAGACUGACUGACUUAUCGAGGAGUUCCGACAAGGAAGACGAUACUUUUAAAAAUGUUUUAUCACAAACGUAUUAUUCAGUUCAGUUCCAACAUAUUAUUAGCCGUGUAUAUGAUCUGGCGUUAUAUUUUUCCCCGCGUGUCAAGGAAAUAGGUCUUUACUAAAUUCAAUGAGGAUAAAUGCAUGACAUGACAUAGGAUU